AUGUUCUUCUCAAGAUUGGUGAUACUGCUUGUCGGCGCGACAGUGGCUGUUCAAGGUGAUGCAAACAAGAAGAGUGUCGUGAAGCGUGCGAUUCGACCAAAUCCGUCCAAUGGCCACUGGAUCGAUGCAUGGGCAACCAUGCCGCAACUUACAGAACCGGCGAACUUACCUCCUGCUCCCUUCAACCAAACAGGUGCCGUCUUCGCAAACUCCACCAUCCGCCAAACCCUCUACGUGACUGCGGCAGCCUCGCAGAUACGGUUCAAAAUCUCCAAUGUCUUUGGCGGCUCUAACCUCCCCAUCACGGCGGUCACAGUCGCCCUGCCAGCAAACAAUACAGCAGGCAUCCACCAAAUCCAGCCGAAGACGCUGCAGAAAGUAACCUUCUCUGGCAAAGACAGCAUCAGCAUUCCCAAUGGCGCCCUGGCAGUCUCGGAUCCGCUCAACUUCCCCAUCAAGGCUCAGCAAGUUAUUACCGUCACGAUAUAUCUAGCAACAGGCCAGAUCACGAACAGUAUCACGAGCCACCCCGGCUCGAGGACAACGAGCUGGUGGCAAUUCGGUAACGCCGUGAAUGCCGCCAGUCUAGCUGUAACCGACGCAAGCACCCAGUCCGCAGCACACUGGUACUUCCUCUCGAGCAUCGAAGCCUGGGUGCCGCCUACACAAGGCUCGCUCCUCAUCGUCGGCGACUCAAUCACAGAUGGACGGGGGUCCACGACCAACGCCAACAACCGCUGGCCCGACCUCCUCUUAGCACGACUCCAGAAAAGCCCAGCGACAAAGCACAUCUCCAUCGGCAACCUCGCAGCAGGCGGCAACAGGAUCCUAGCCGAUGGACUGGGCCCGAAUGCAUUCGGACGCAUUGACCGCGACGUGCUCGCCCACCCUGGCGUCCAAUACGCCCUGCUCUUCGAAGGCGUAAACGACAUUGGCAAUUCAGCUCCAACGCCUACCGCGCAGUCGGCUCUCUACGACAAUCUCACGCAGGCGUACACGCAAAUCGUGCAACUCGUCCACGCCCACGGCAUCCCCGUCUUCGGCGCAACCAUCACGCCCUUUAGCGCGCCUGCAAAUUCCACUGUCCAGCCCUACUCACACCCGGAGCGCGAAGUAACGAGGCAGAAGAUUAACAGGUUUAUUCGUGAGAGCGGGACGUUUGAUGCUGUUGUUGAUUUUGAUAGCGUCCUGGCGGACCCGAAAGUGCCGAGUCAACUUGAUCCCAAGUUCGACUCGGGGGAUUAUUUACAUCCUAAUGUGGUCGGGUAUCAGCGGUUGGCGGAGAAGUUUCCUGUCGAGGUUUUUGGGCGCUGGGAUCAGGGCGCGGAUGAGUUUUCUUGGGGUUGGUGA